CAACUUUACAUAAGCUGAUCCCUCACACAAUAGAUGAAAUACACGAAAAAAAUAUCAGUUACCAGUUCACCGUGAACGAUUGCGAACCGAAGAGAAAUAGCAGCUACGACAUGGAAUCACAUAACGGUGUUUCGAACGGAGUUUCGAAUGGGAUUUCGAAUGGCGUCAACGGAACGACAGAAGUUUCAGAUGUCGCACAAACAACUGCAAUCGAAGUAAAAUCCGUUGAGAGCGUCUUAGCCAAAAGUGAAUCAAUUGAUGAGGUUACACCACCGGCAAUAGUUGAAGAGGCAGUAACACCGAGUGUUGUUCCAGAAGUUGAACAAAGUACCACUCAAGAACCUUCAUCUAUUGCGGUUGCUUCUCCUCAAGUAGAAGAAGUGGCAACACUUUCUGUAGAAGUAACGGAAACACCCGCAGUUGUGGAAACAAUACAAGAAGUGACUGCAACACCGGCUGUUGUGGAAAUACCACAGGAAGAGCCUGUACAACCCGCCGUAGUAGAAACACCACAGGAAGCGCCUGUGACAAUCGCAGUUGAGAAAACACAACAGGAAGUUUCUGCUCCUCAACCACAAGUGAUUGCACAAGAGCCGGAAACUACUGCUGCACCAACGAUUUCAGCUGACGUACCUGUAACUAGAUUACCUGGAAGUCAGACUGGUACAUCAGAAUUUGUGGUGCCUACUUAUGCCAUCGAUGCCCUUAAUCGCAUUGCUCAAGACGAAGGCUUUACAAAUUAUGCCAUUAGCUACGAUCGAGGAUCGAAUCUUGGUGAUGGUUUUGUUGCGGAAAUUGUACGUGCCAAAAUAAAGGGAAGUCAACUGGUAAAAGGUGUCCAAGAAGAUUCCGAGUUGGUGCUGGUGCUGAAACUGCCGCCCGAAAAUAAAAUCCGACGCGAGCAAAUGGGAAUGAACGUAUUCGAACGAGAAGUGACCGUGUACAAUGAAAUAUUGCCAAUGUUUCAAAAGUUUCAACUGGAUAAAGGGCUAAAACCUGGUCAAGGAUUCGUUUCUUUUCCGAAGUGCUACUACGCUUCGUAUGACAAAGAGAAAGACGAGGCGGUGGUGAUUAUGGAAGACAUUCGUAAAAAAGGUUUUAAAAUGCUCAACAAGUACAAAACACUGGACUAUCCACAUGCACAGGCUGUUUUGGAGACCGUAGCACAGUUUCAUGGACUUUCGCUGGCAGUUAAGGAUCAGUGUCCUGCUAUUUUCGAAAAGUUCAAAGGCCUAAAAGAUGCUAUGACCGAUGGUAUGAUGACUGAUUUGAUGAAGACAAUGACAAAGGCUAGCUGUGAAAAGGCAAUUGGUACAUUGGAACCGCACGAAGAGAAUAUUAAGCAAAAGUUGCUUGCGUUCGGUGACAAUGUAGUCGACAUCAUUAAAUCGUGCACAAAUGGUGAAUUAUCUGAACCAUACACUGUAAUAAACCAUGGUGACUGUUGGACUAACAACAUCAUGUUCAAAUAUGAGCGAGGAUCCCCACGUCAUCUUUGCUUAUUGGAUUGGCAAAUCAGUAGAUAUGCCUCACCUGUUUUGGAUAUAUGCUACUUCUUAUUCCAAUGCACGGAUUCUGAGUUACGCGCCCAACAUUUUGAUAAUCUGGUACAAGGAUACCACAUAGCCUUACGCAAACAGGUCGAACUUCUCGGAAGUGAUGUCAAUCAAAUUUUACCAUUUACUGCUUUGCUCCGCGAAAUGAAAAACAAAGCUAAAUUCGCACUGUCGACAGCACUAUUCGUCAUUCCGAUGAUGUGCACAGCGAAUGAAGAGCUUCCAGACAUGAACGAAAUGGUGGAGACAAUGGUCAAGGGAGAAGUAAGCGAAGACGGAGGUAUGUUCCAGAUGACUUCGAAUACCGAAGUGCUUUAUAAGAAACGUAUGGGCGGUAUCGUUAGAGACAUGUACAAAAAGGGAUAUCUCUGAACAACGAUGCGAAAUCAUAAAUGUGGUGAAUUGGUGGAACAAAUAAAAAUGGAAAUUCUAUGAAAAAUAUCUUGAGUAACAAUUGAAUGUUUUAGUCA